UCCUUCAUGUAUAUCAUCAGCCACUUACUUUAGUCAGGAAAGGUCGAAUUGGAGAAAUUUGGUAGAGUGAUCAGAGGUAAAGGAAGAUCAUAGGAAGAGAUGAGAGUGAGGAUGGUGGACCUUAGGCAAGUGCUGGGCGCUAUUCUCACUCUGUCGAUGUUCGCCAUGCUCGCGAAUAUGAUCAAGCAGGAUCACUUCAAUUACUUCGAAGUGAAGUAUCCCCCAGUAAUAGCCACAAUGGAGUCUAAUACCUUAAGGAUUACAGAGCAGAUUAGACCAGUUAUCAACUUCCCCAGAGCCAAUAAUAAUGGGAUUCUCGUGGAUAACAGAAAAGUGCUCAAAUCUUGCUGGAAAUUCUCAUCAUCAGAGAAGAGGCACCAGCCCAAAGGUUACAUUAUGUUUUCGCUGACAAACGGCCCCACGUAUCAUAUGGCUCAGGUUGCAAAUGCUGUGGUCGUGGCCAAAUAUUUGGGGGCAACUCUUGUUCUCCCUGAUUUUAGGGGGAAGAAGCUUGAAGAAAGGAGGAAUUUUACUGAGAUUUAUGAUGAUCAGAGGUUCGCAGACAGCCUCAAGGGGAUCGUCGAAGUGUCUCGGAAUUGGCCUUCUCAAGCCUAUGUGGGAAAGGCUCCCGUUGUUCGGGUGCCUAGCAUGGUAUCAGAAGACUAUAUUGAAGCACAUGUAAAACCACUGUUUCAUGAGAAGGGAAUCCUAAGGGUAUCAACUUAUUUUCCUUUGAUAAGCACGAGGAAAAAUGAUGCAACGAAAGUUUGGGGCCCCGUCUUGUGCCUUGCAAGGUUUAAGACACUUCAGCUCCAACCUCAUAUUCGAGGAAUUGUUGAUGGUAUGAUUUGGAGGAUGAGAAAAUCUGGAGAAGGCCCAAAUGGAAAUAUUAUCUCGAUUGAUCUGAGGGAUGAUGUUUUCCAGAGCAAAAGCUGUCGACAGCUUGGAGGCGGCAGAAUAAAUAUUUGUGACGUAAAGAAAGUUGGCAAGUUCCUGAGGGAGAAUGGCUUUGGUCCUGAAUCUGCCAUUUACUUGACGCAUUCAAGAUGGCACCAUAAUCUCGAUCCACUGAGAGAGUUGUUUCCAAAAACAUACACAAAGGAGCUGCUCAUUCAUCCAGAUCAAAGGCAAAAGCUUCUUGGCAGGAGGGAUUCCGAACUCAGGAAGGUCAUCGACUUCGUCAUGUGCACGGAUAGCGAUGUGUUUGUACCAAUCAUCAAGGACCAGUUUUCCACCAGUGUCGUCGGUUGCAGGAUAGCUUCUAGGCGGAUGCAGAUACUUGCUCCCGCUAAAAUCUUGGGUUUCUCUGCUUCAGCAUCCGAUUCUAUCUCUCCUAACGUCCCGCAGAUGACCCACUUGGCUCAUUCGUGUUUAUGCUGAUCCAACCUCCUACACGGCUAGCAAACUAAUGCCUAAUUCCCCUGCAUUGCACCAUUAGGUCUCAACCGCCUUUUCUUUUGUGAACAAGUCCAUAUGAAACAACUUGUGAUUACAGAGUAUUGUAGAAGGUUAAGUAUGUUGAUAGAUAGAGCUUUAGCACGGGCUAUAUCGAUGUGUUUAUGAAACAUUGGGGCCCUGCAAAUAUUUCAACUGCGAAGUGUCUCUUUCCAAAAUAUAAAUGCGUGAAGGCAAUGAAUUGAAGUUUUGUGAA